AUGCCGCCGCCGCCAGCAUUGCCGGGAGGCAACCGGGAGAGUCCGCCAGAGUCACCCCACCGCGCGCAGGCUGUCCGACCAGGGCGCCAGUCAAACGACUCCACUAUCGAAGAGCUGCGGGCGCUGCUUAAAGAUCCGGCUUUGGAUGCUCGCGCGGAGCACUUUGAGACGCUGCACAACCGUGUGAAGCACAACCACGCUGAGGUCCUGGCAAGGCUGGACAAGCAAGAUGCCAUGCUGCAGAGGGUCCUCCAGUCUGCCCACACGCACUCCAUGCCGGAGGCCAAGCGCAUCAGCGAGCGCAUCUCUCGCACGUCCCAUGACCUGGCGGCUGCCUCGCGGCCUCCACCCUUGCAGCACCGAAAGACCCGGGGUGGAUUCACGCCGAAGCUCUUCAGCACCUUCACGCAGUUCGACUUGUCGCUGAAGGAAGGCGCAGCCAAUGUGGAUGCCGACGAGGCCAUAAAGCACAAGAUCCGCAUGUCCAUCAUGGAGUCGCAUGACUCUGAGGAGGGCCGCAGCUGCGUCCGCCACGUCGUUGGCCAUCCGGGGUUCGACCUCUUUUUCGCCACCGUCGUCCUCACCAACUCCGUCUUCAUCGGCAUCGAAGUGCAGGAGAAUCUCAGCAAUGACGGCGAGAACUCCAUUCUCAUCCAGGUUCUCCGAAACGUCUACACCUUUCUCUUCUCCGUGGAAUUGGUCCUUCGCAUAGCGGCAUACCAGCGGGAGUUCUUCUGCGGAGGCGAGUGGAAGUGGAACUGGCUGGAUCUCUUCAUCGUGCUUUGCUCUCUGUGGGAGGCCGCAGUGGAAGUUUUGCGAGUCGUCCUUGAAAACAGCGAUGCCAUGGACUCGGUGGCCGGCCUAACCGGACUUCGUAUGGCCAGGCUCAUCCGGAUCACUCGUGUCGUGCGAGUGGCAAAGCUGGGGAGAAUCCUGCGCUUUGUGAUGGCCCUGCGCACGCUGAUCCAGUCGAUCAUCUACACGCUGAAGUCGCUCAUUUGGGCCCUCGUCCUGCUGGCGCUCAUUGUCUACGUGUUCGCUGUCUUGUUCGCACAGGCCGUGGGAGAUCAUCUGAUCGAUCCCACUGCGGACCCUCUUCCCGAGGCGGCGGUGCGCUAUUUCGACUCGCUGCCCAUUGCCAUGCUCAGCCUCUUCAUGAGCAUCGCCGGAGGCGUCAGCUGGGAAGAUGUCAUCACACCACUGAUUGCUAUGUCUCCUGUGUGGGCCUUUGUGUUCAUCUUCUACGUGGCGUUCACGUAUUUUGCGGUGCUUAAUGUGGUAACGGGCGUUUUUUGCCAGAGCGCCAUCGACAGUGCGCAGAGCGAUCACACCAUGGUGAUGCAGUCCAUCCUCGCGAAUAAGGAGGCGCACAUCGAAAAGAUCCGGUACCUGUUCAGUGAGAUCGAUGCGGAGGAUCGGGGAGUCAUCACGUACCAGAUGUUCGAAGAGAAGGUGAAUGACCAAGCCGUGAAGGCCUACUUCGAGUCGAUGGACCUCGAUGUCUGGGAUGCGUGGUCCUUCUUUAAGCUCCUGGAUCUGGACUCAGGUGGGGCUGUCGAGAUUGAAGAGUUCUUGAUGGGAUGCCUACGUCUUCGUGGAAGUGCAAGGGCCAUGGACAUUGCAAAGAUCGUCCACGACCAGGCUUGGCUCAUCAGGAACCAAAGCCGCUUCUGGACAUUCGUGGAGGUGGAGAUGCAAGCGCUGCGCGAGCAGAUCUCGAACUACGCUCCGAUGCCCGUGGCCGGGAACUCGACCGUGGGCGACCACCCGUGA